CUGGCGGUGAAACCAGGAAGGCGGUGAGCUUAAACUGAAGUAAGUUCUGUGGACGCCGGCGGCGCUCAGAUUUGAAGAAACAUUUCCAGAUCUGCGGCGCUUGUAAGUCUACGGGAGGUGUAAGCCCGAAGGCCGGAAUCCAGAAAUGGGACGCCGGUCAUCUGAUACUGAAGAAGAAAGCAGAAGCAAGAGAAAAAAGAAACACCGUAGACGGUCUUCUUCAAGUAGUUCUUCAGAUAGUAGAACAUAUAGCCGAAAGAAAGGUGGAAGGAAAUCAAGGUCAAAGUCAAGAUCUUGGUCCAGAGAUCUUCAGCCUCGCUCACAUUCUUAUGAUAGAAGACGCAGACAUCGAUCGAGCAGUAGCUCUUCUUAUGGCUCUAGAAGAAAACGAAGUCGAAGUCGUUCAAGGGGUCGAGGGAAAUCCUAUAGAGUUCAGAGGUCUAGGUCAAAAAGCAGAACAAGAAGGUCCCGAUCAAGACCACGUCCACGUUCCCAUAGUCGAAGCAGUGAAAGGUCCAGUCACAGAAGAACACGUAGUCGGUCUCGGGAUAGAGAACGACGUAAAGGCAGAGAUAAGGAGAAAAGAGAAAAGGAAAAGGAUAAAGGCAAGGACAAGGAAUUACACAGCAUCAAACGUGGGGAAUCUGGAAGCAUCAAAGCUGUAUUAGAACAUCUGCCACCAGCUGAACAGGCCAAAGCAAGACUACAACUGGUUCUUGAAGCUGCUGCAAAAGCUGAUGAAGCAUUGAAAGCCAAAGAAAGAAAUGAAGAAGAAGCAAAGAGAAGAAAGGAGGAAGACCAAGCCACCCUGGUAGAACAAGUAAAAAGAGUCAAAGAAAUUGAAGCCAUUGAAAGUGAUUCUUUUGUUCAGCAAACAUUCAGAUCAAGUAAAGAAGUCAAAAAGUCAGUGGAACUUAGUGAAGUGAAGCAUGCAGCUGCAACAUCAGGACCAGCAUCAGUAGUGGCUGACCCACCGAGUAAUGAAAAAGAAAUAGACCCUAGCAGCAUCCCCACUGCUAUCAAGUACCAAGAUGACAAUUCUCUGGCCCAUCCAAAUUUAUUUAUUGAGAAAGCUGAUGCUGAAGAAAAGUGGUUCAAGAGAUUAAUUGCCCUCCGACAGGAAAGGCUAAUGGGCAGUCCUGUGGCCUAAAGUUAUGUUCAUCUGGUUGAAUUAACAGUAACAUUGGAAAUUUAGGUUUUUAAAUCCCAGUAUUAACUCUUAAAAAUAAGAUAGCUUAUUAUAUAAAAAGGUAACCUCAUUUCAUUCUUUUCUCAUGUAGGCUUGAAUAUUUGUUGAGUUGAACUUAAUCAGAUAUUGUGAAUAUUAAAACUAGUGUAAAAUUUAAGAAUGCAUGAAAAUGUCAUACUGUUAAUAAAGCUAAUCCUGAACAUAUUGGUAUUAAGGCAAAUGGUACACAGGAGUGUUUCUGAGUACAAUUUGAAAAAUAUCAAGUUGCCAUUUAAAGACACAAUUUUGACUAGUCAUGCAUAUAAAAGAGUCGAAGUAUAUGCUAUAAAUAUGAGAUUUUAUCUUCCACGUAUUAUAAAACCAUAUUUGAAUCUUUUAUUUCACCUUAUUGAAAAAUUUUAGGCACAACAAAAAGCACUGUAAACAACCUAAGCAGUAUGAACCAUGUUACUCUUAGAGGAAUAAUACAUUUAGUAAAAAAAACUACUUGAAAAUUAAAUAAACUGAUGGUUUAUUUGCUUAGAGAUCAGCUUUUACUAGGUGAUCCUUUGAAACAUGUUAGCAGGUCCCAGCUCAUUCUUUUAAAAAUUACAUGUUCAUGCUAGACCUAAGCAGUUGGCCAAAUACUCAUGAUGGGGAAUUGUUUCUGAGAAAACUGGUAAGAGCUCUCACUUCAGUGUUACUUAACCAACUGCUAUACCCUGCAGAGGAAGCCAGCUAAUUGUAGUUUUGAUAAGACUAUCUGUCAUCGUAGAAUACCUUUCUCUGGUAGCUGAAUGAAAAUCAACUAUGCAUUCCAUACUGAACAGGCCAGAGAUAAGGACUUUUAGGCCUGCCUUACAAACUGCCUUCAGCAGCUGACAUGAGUUAUUUCCCUUUUCUAUUUUGUUCUGCUCGAAUUUGUAUCUAUGAAGACUGUAGCCCAGAACACAAGAUAAGCAUGAAAAGUUCUUGGACUAAGAUUACCAAUAUAUAGGACAUUUUGAUGCCAUCUUUUUAUAUUUCUGAAACUACUAAAGUUGUAAUCCCUGUUAAAAAUGAAAAAUAUAAAGAACGUAAAAUCAGUUGCAAAAGGGAUGGAAAAUAGACUGAUGACCAAAUACUUGUUUUUAUACAAACAUGUUUUCAUAUUCUAAAUAUAUGCUAGUGGGUUUUUUUUCCUUAGCUAUAAGUGGAAGUGCCCAGUAUGAACUCAGGUGUGUGUGGUUUUCAACAUACACAAAUUUUUAGUGAUUUUUAAAAGGGAUUACUGGUACUGAAUAAUUUUAUAUUUCCUUUAUUACAUAACUUAUAAAUAGUAAAAGGACUAUCACCCUUUGGGGAAUUAUAUUUUAGUGGUCUAGGCAAGAAUAUGGGUUGUCAUUUGGGCCACUAGUGAUUCUCCAGAGAAGCUAGACUAGGCAUUUUUUCUCAGUAUGCCUGAUGUUCCUCAUUUAUAACAUAGUGAAAAUAUUAUGAUCCACUUUAAUUAUAUUUCACACCAGAGUUCCUCUUUGGCAAGUACCCCAAAUACAGAUGCUUGAACUACAAUAGAUUUAUAUUUUAAAGCUAAAUUUCUCAUAGAGAUAGAGAAUCAAGUUAUUUUUUUAAUUAACUAAACUUUAGUCCCUGCUAAACUCAAUGACUAUUCCCCUUCUUCCUGAUUUCCAAUGUGAUUCAUUUUAAUAUAUUAUUAACUUUGUUUGCCUGCAUCCUGUUGAAGACUACAAUAUUACCACAUAAGCCAAAUCAAAUUUAAUGAGAAAGACUUCAUAGACCACUAUCAAACAUAUCACCAAACUCACGGUAGGCGAUCCAUGCGGGCCUUCUUUAAUAUCCUAAUAUAAUGACUCUAUAAAACAGAACAGUCCCUUUCAUGUCAGUUGACUAGUGGCAACAGUUUGGACUUACAUGAGACCUCAGAGUGUUUUUUGAAACAUUGACUUCACACAAAAUGAUGAGUACUAAUAAUACAAGUUUUCAUUUCUGAACAAGUGCAUUUUCAGGGAAAAUGGAAUAAGAACUUUUUUUUUCUGGCACUCCCUAAUUACGAGGAGGCAGAUACCUAAGAAUAUGAGCACAGAACACGCUGAGUCUUUCACCUACUUCAUUUCAGCAUCCCAGCAGGUGAAAUGAGGAUACUAAUAGCCUAUCUGCCUAUUUUGAUUUUUCAGUAAAAUAACACAAAAGAAAGCCCGUGGUAGAAAAGUGUACUGUUUAUGCCAAGGGAACAUUUUGGCAUGGUAGCCCAUCUUAACGGAAAUAUGGAACAAAUAGUCGCAUGGGUAAUUAUUUGAAAAACUACACUGCAACUUCAGUGUACUCCUUAUGUAUGUGUUUGAACUGCCAUGGCCAAUAGACCCCAGCUUUGUCCCCAGAUUUCUCUGAUGUCCCUCCCUGCCAAGACCACAAGAAACCCUGAUUGCUCUGCAGUUAGUGACCUACUAUCUGCUUACUGGGGGAUCUCAGGGCUUCCUCCAUCAGAUUUACCCACUUACUCGUUAACGUUUUUUUGACUACCUAGUUUGUGCUAGGCAGAGUAAGGGUAGUUGGGUAUACAUAGGUGAAUCCAGUGGGGAUCCUGCGCUCAAGAGGCUUAGUUAUGAAGCCCAGACAUGUAUAUGACAUAAGAGAUAUAAUACUUAGUGGCAGAGGAGAGGACAUGGUUGCAAAAGAGAGAUUACUGCAAGUGAGAAAAUUAAGGAAGCCUUUGGAGCCACAGGAACUCACAGCUAUCCACUUCCACCUUCCUGGUAGCUGCUGUAGGGGUCUGGGAACUGUUGCACUUCCAACCCAAGGAAGAGUCCCUCUUGUGAAAGACCCAAGUGGCCCUGCCCUCUCAAUCCUAUUAAAAUCCAAGCAAAAUUUUAGGUUCCUGGUCGCCCUCUGGCUUUCUCUGAUCAUUUCUUCCUUUUGGUGGAGAAUCAGCUGAAUAAGCUGGUUUGGCCACUAUCAUCAGUCUUGUAUCACCACCACUUGUCAGCCAAGAUGACUUGAGUGAGACGUGUAAUGGUAGCUGAAGGAGACUUUCAGUACUUCUAAGAAAGGAUUGCAUCUGCCAGUAAGGCCUUGCACAGAAGUGGGGACAACGGUGUGUUCCCUAAUCCCCUGUUUUUCCAUUGUGUGCUAUUACAGAAAGCAUUGUUUUGGAAUGAAAAGACACAGUUCAUUUCCUUGUGGUUAGGUCUGUCUCCAAAUUUUCCUUUGAUUUGGAUAUCAAGUGAAAAUCUUGGUAUCAAGUGUGUAACUAAGGUAGUAACAAAAGCUAGAAAUGAAACAAGACACGGGACAUUUUUGGUCACUAAACUAUGGAUGAAUUGAUCUGGAAUUCUUACACCCAUGUUACUCCUUCCUUCCCCCCCUUUUCCUACCCCCAAAUUCCUCAUGAGUAUGACGGAAGAGGUCUUGAACCAGCUCCUGGCCAUUACUCAGUGGAUACAGUGCUUGAAUUAUUCAGAAAAUGUUUAAAUGCCAUCCUUUAAAUGUAAGCCCUACUUAUUACUCUUUGGAACUCCUUUAUGGAAUAAUGGAAAAGCGAGUCAUCUUGAUAAGAAAAUAUCUGAGUCUUUACAGAAGAACAAGGAUAAAAAUGGAGGUAAGAAAGAACUCUUUGUGAAUUCUCUAAUCAUCUUCACCUUUUUUCAUAGAGAUGGGUGUUGAUCAGUAUAUUCUAUUUGGUGGGUUCUUUCCCAAAUGAAAGAAAAUGCUCUGUCAUCUUGUAUUUCCAAGUUAUUUUUGCUAUUAUUGUAUCCCCAGAAUCUAGUCCAUGCCUGACACAAGAAGUCUCUCAAUAAAUAUUUGUCAAUGAAGGAAAAAUGAAUUUGCUCAUCUUAAAUGGGCAGUCUGUUUAGCAGUAUGGCUAUUUAAAAUACUCAAGCUGUUGGGAGCCAGUGCAAAAACAAAUAGGUGUCUAGGUAUGUACCCAAAAGAAUUGAAAGCAUGGUCUUAAAGAGGUAUUUAUACACCCAUGUUCAUAGCAGCAUUAUUCAUAAUAGCCAAAACAGGGAAGCAACUCAAGUGUCCAUGGAUGGAUGAAGUAAAAUGCAGUGUGUGUGUGUGUAUAUAUAUAUAUAUAUAUAUAUACACACAAUGGAAUAUUACUCCGCCUUAAAGAGGAAGGAACAUGUAUGAACCUUGAGGACAUUAUGCAAAGUGAAAUAAUCCAGUCACAAAAAGACAGACGCUAUAUGAUUUACGUAGAAUAGGUACUUAGAGUAAUUAAAAUCAUAAAGGGGGAAAGUAUAAAGGUGGUUGCCAGGGCCUGGGGUGAGGAGAAGUGGGUUUAUUGUUUAAUGGGAAUAGAGUUUCAGUUUUAUAAGAUGAAAAGAGUUAUGGGGAUGGAUGGUGGUGAUGGCUGUACAACGGCGUGACUAUGUUUAAUACCACUGAACUGUACACCUAAAAAUGGUUGAGGUGGUAACUGUGUAUAUUUUACCACAAUUUAAAAAUCUAUUUAAAAAAUACUAAGUAAAAAAAAUAGAUGAGUUUUGUGACCAGAUUAGUUUGGUUUCUGUGAUUUGUGUCUCCACACGUCUCUGAGCUGACAAAGGCCUUUGGAAUUCCUGGGGAAUAUAGAGUACACCGGUCUUCUCUAUUACAUUAGCGACUAACAACAGUGGGGCUAGAGUUUAAGCAAGGAUCUUACUAGUCUUCACUUGCCUAGACUUUCUUUCUGGGCCAAUUUUUAUAUUAUAUAAAUAAUAUUUUCAAUGAUGUAGAUGUGGUCAUUCAAGGUCCACCCACUGGCUUCUGUGACUGCUCUCCUUGCAAAUGAUAGGUCAGUUUUAAAGAAGUAAAGUCUACCAAUAUAGUAAGACAACACUUUUAACUCAACAAUGUACCAUUUUAUUUUUAGGUCUUGAGAAGGAAUGGCAAAAUGAUCCUGCUGCAGUGCUAGGAGAGAAUGAUGAACUGAACUGACCCUCUCUUCUUCACAUCUUGUAACAUGGUACUCAGGCUUAAAUCCCAGUGUACAAAACCUAGUAUAGUGCAGGCUCCCUUCAUAAUCUUUUAAAAGAUGAACUGCUAAAAUCCCAUGUCUUGAAUAAAAUCCGUAACUACAGUUUAUCUACCUGUUCGUGUUCCAUGAAAAUAUC